CUGCCGGGCACCUCAGCGGAGAGAUGAACCCCACUCUCGGCAUCGCUGUCAUCCUGACAGUUCUCCAGGCAGCCCACUGCCAGAUGAUUAAGGACCUGAGUGCCUGUCUGCUGGGCCAGAGCCUCCGGGUGGACUGCCGCUAUGAGAACAAAACUAGCAACCCCCUGACCUACGAGUUCAGCAUCACCAAGGACAACAGGAAGCACGUCAUCCACAGCACCAUCAGCGUCUCUGAGAACAUCUACCGGAGCCGAGCCAACGUCACCAUGCACAAGAACCUGGUUUGCCUCUACUUGCAGAGCUUCACCACCAGUGAUGAGGGCGUCUACAUGUGCGAGCUGAAGGCCACCAAUGACUACACUGGCAACCAGAUAAAGAACAUCACUGUCAUUAAAGACAAACUGGAGAAAUGUGCCGGCUUCAGCCUCUUGAUCCAGAACACUUCGUGGCUCCUGCUUCUCCUCCUUUCACUGCCUCUCCUGCAAGCCGUGGACUUCGUGUCCCUGUGA